AUGUCUGAACCACAGCUUUCACCACCUAAAUCGUCUUCAGAAGUGGAAUUGGAAGCUGCAAAACAAGAUGCAACGAAACAAACUGAAGACUAUGGUGCCUUUGGUCAGGUGUUGUACCACCUAGUAUCUUUCACGGAGGGGUACGAGCAGCAGGUGUUGUACUUGUGCAUGAGGCUCUUCGAGUCCACCAUGGGUUUCUCCAAGCAGCAGCAGACGAUGCUGAUGACCGUGUCAAUCAUGUCUAGGUUGUGCUUCUCACUUGUUUGGGGGUUGCUGGCGGACGCGUUUGAGACUAAUCUGGUGAUGUCUGCUGGGUUGUUAUUCAUGGGUAUCGCCUCAAUUCUGCUAAGCACCACGUCACGCUUCUCGUCGCAAAAGAUUAUUUCGGAUAAAGAUGAGGAUGAUGAUCGCAACAGUAGCAGCAGCGCGUUCACCCGUCUUCAUGCGCUGAAUUGCAUCGGCCGUAUGCUGUGUGCUGCAAUAACGACGGAGGCUGCUCAAAACAUCCUGCUGGGGUUCAUCGGCUGGCGCGUUUCAUACAUUGUCUUGGGUUACGUGUGGAUUUCUAUUGGAAUAGCGAUCAUAUUUGUAAUGACAACUCCGAAGGAACUCAUAUCGCCGUAUAAUUCCAUGAUGGGUGUCGUCCAGCAAAUAUCUGGCGCCUUUAAAGCGGUUUUUACGAAUUGGUCAGCAUUUCUGUGUAUAUUUACGAUGUUGAUCGCGGAGGCCCCAAUGUGCACCCUACCGUACAUGAUUACGUACCUGGAAUACCUCGGAGUGUCUGACCUGAAGGUGGGUAUUGCCAUAGUGGUCACUACGAUUGGCGGCGCAGCGGGGACUGCGGCUGGAGGAAUAGUUAUCGAAAAGAUUACAAGCAUGCACAAAGAUUAUGGUGAGCUUAUUGCCGGUAUCGUUGUGAUGGGUGUGCGAUUAAUCGUUUGUGUGUUGUUCUUCGUGUCACCGGCGCCAGAUGGACGUCUGAUGUGGUAUCAUUACAUAGAGUUUGCGGUCCUCGGAGCUACUUUGGUCACGGUUGGCGGCGUAGAUAGACCCAUUAUGAGGAAAGUAAUCGAGGACAAGUACCAAGCUAGCGCAUCCGCCAUCAUCCAGUGCAUAUCGGGUAUCUCGAUUAGCGUCAGUUUCGUCGAGAUCUUCGCGUACGUGUCGGAGAAGCUGCAUGGUUACGCCCCGUCUAAACAGGCAAUUGAUGACAUGGACGCGGCGCUGAAAGACAACAACACCGAAGCGCUAAGGAAGUCGACCAUGUACAUGAUCGUGAUAGGUUCAUUGCUCAACAUAGCUUGCUAUGGCGCUCUGUUUGCCACGUAUAAGGAGGAUAAGAAAACUGUUGAACAGAAAAAUGUUGUGGAAUGGAAGGAAAGGGAAGUAAGGCAGGAAAUGAAAAGUUUGAAAACGUUAGCGGAACAACCUAUAUUAAAGUUGCCAGACGAGCCUGCGGCGAAGCCCGAAGCCACAGAAGUUGCAAUAGACCCUCUAGAACUUCCAAUAGAAGAAAGGCGAACGUCAUAUAGCGAUGAUGAGUUGCUUAGUUCAACAGAAGAUAUCCUACAAUUAAUGCGCACCGGAGAUGCAGAAAAACGGUCAUGGCAAUAUCCUGGGACGGACGUGCGGUGA